AUGGUAGCCGAUAUUGCAAAAUUGAAUGCAAAAGGGAUCGGGACAGUGAGUGGGAAGCUGCUUCUAGGAACAGCUGAAAAGAUACCGCCAUCAGAAUUAGUCGAUACAACUGGUGCAGGUGAUGCAUUUAUUGGAGCAGUUCUUUAUGCUCUCUGUGCCAAUAUGCCACCAGAAAGAAUGUUGCCAUUUGCUUCUCAAGUGGCAGCUAUUGGGUGUAGGGCAUUGGGAGCAAGAGCUGGUCUUCCCCAACUAACAGACCCUCGAUAUUGA